AUGGUAGUGACAUCUACCGUGGCCCAGACAUCCACGGCCUCGCCGGAGCUGGUGUCGACCACGCCCACACUGCCGCCACCGCUGGAGACGGCCGUCCCGGCGCCGGUGAAUGCUUCCCCAGUCGUUCGGAAUCGCCUGUCUCCGCUCUCGGCCAUCGCCGGCAAGCCGUUCCUCGAGGAGGUGCCCGAUGACAUCUUUUACGACCAAGAGUCGGGCGACACUCGCGAGCUGCAGCUGGAGCUGCUGAAUGCCGAGAGGGAGCUGGUGUCGCCCCACAGCUGGCUCCAGCUGUUCGAGACGAGUCAGAAGCUGUACGGCAUUGCCCUGAGGAAAGAUGUCGGCCAGCACAAUUAUGUGCUAGCUGCGUUGGAUGACGAUGGAGGACAUGCCCUCACCGACUUCUCCAUCACGGUCAACCAUAACCAGAUGCUGGUCGCCCCCAACCACCACUUCCGGAUGGAUCUCAAGCUGUUGCUGGCGCGAGGCUUCCCGAACAAGGUGGACUGGGUGCUGAACGUGAUGAGCAAGCUCUCGGCGCUGUUCGGGGAGCCCGAGGCCAGCUCCAGCGUCCUGCUGGAGGACUACGUGGACCGCGAGGGCGAGCCGCUUCGUAUUGUGUGGACCAACAGCACGCUCAGCGCGGGCACCUGCGACCUAACGGAGAUCGAGCGCAUCGAGGCGGUGCUGAUCGACAAGGACGGCUCGCCGUCCCCGCAGCUGCAGAAGGCGUUGUCCCCCGAGAUGCGGGCCAAGCGUAUAUCCGUCGAAUUGGAGGACUCGUGUCUCCCGCCGCCGCCGCCGCCAGUGACCCUGGCUCCGACGGAGCCGCCAACAGAGCCGCCCACGGAGCCACCUACGGAGCCGCCCACGGAGCCACCAACGGAGCCACCAACGGAGCCACCAACGGAGCCACCAACGGAGCCACCCACGGAGCCACCCACAGAGCCGCCCACGGAGCCAACACCGGAGCCGACAGAGGCGGUGGUGCCAAGGGUCGAGCCGCCCAUUGUCCAUAAUGCGAUGAAGCCACUGAACGUCACCGUGGGAGAUCUGCUACUAGCCCCGGUGCCGGAUGACCUGUUCAUGGACGCUGUUGACGGCAUGUCCUGCUAUACGCCCCUGGUGCUGGGGCUGGCCAACCGAAGGCCGGUGCCGGCCAACCAUUGGCUGCAGCUGGAGCCGGACGCCCAGCGAUUGGUCGGAUUGCCCCUCGAUAAGAACGCCGGCUUCGACCUAUACCACUUGGGGUGCACGAACAGCAGGGGCUUGGAGGCGUAUGCCCCGCUGGAGGUGGCGGUGGCGGCGCGCGACGCCUCGGCGUCCGCCUACAGCGCCGAGUUCGAACUGACGCUGGACCAGCGCUACCGCGCGUUUAUGCGCCAGCCGCGGCUCCACGUGCUGCUGGUGAACAAGAUCGCCCGGCUCUUCGGCGACGCGCGGGCCGACGCGGUGGUCGUGGACGCUUUCCGACCCGGCUCGGUCGUCGUCACGUGGUUCAACUCGUCGCUGCCGACGGACAGCCUGCCCAGACGACGAAAUCCAGCGGAUGCGCGAGGCGCUGCUCGACGACCAGGAACGGGUAACGGAGCGCGCGCGGCGUCUCCUGGCGCCUGAAUUCGCGGCGAGCGCGGCGCGCGUCAUUCCGCGCGGCGUCUGCCUGGCCGACAUGACGCCCACGGAGCCGCUGCCAGUCGCCGCCGAUGGGCGCAACGACACGCUGGCGGGCGGCGCCGCCGAUGAUGACGACGACGACAGC